ACAGGGCCGGAAGUUGUGGUCCGGCUGCCUCAACUCGGGGGCUGCGGCUGAGUGCGGAAAGACCGCGGCCAUGGGCGGGAAGAACAAGCAGCGGACCAAGGGGAACCUGAGGCCUUCAAACAGUGGCCGAGCUGCAGAACUUCUUGCCAAAGAACAGGGAACCGUGCCUGGAUUUAUUGGUUUUGGAACAUUCCAGAGUGACCUAGGCUAUGUUCCUGCUGUUCAAGGAGCUGAAGAAAUAGACAGUCUUGUAGAUUCUGAUUUCCGAAUGGUGCUGCGGAAACUUUCUAAGAAAGAUGUCACAACAAAAUUAAAAGCUAUGCAAGAAUUUGGAGCCAUGUGUACAGAGAGAGACACAGAAAGUGUAAAAGGAGUUCUUCCGUACUGGCCAAGAAUUUUUUGCAAAAUUUCACUUGACCAUGACCGCCGGGUUCGAGAAGCCACACAGCAAGCUUUUGAAAAACUUAUCCUCAAAGUUAAGAAACACUUGGCUCCUUAUUUAAAAAGUGUGAUGGGCUAUUGGCUCCUGGCUCAGUGUGACACGUAUGCACCCGCUGCAUCGGCAGCAAAGGACGCCUUCGCAGCCGCGUUUCCCCCCAGCAAGCAGCCGGAGGCCGUAGCCUUCUGCAAGGAAGAGAUUGCAAGUGUGCUGCAGGACCAUCUGAUCAAGGAGACGCCCGACUCACUCAGUGACCCGCAAACUGUUCCAGAGGAAGAGAGAGAAGCUAAAUUCCAUCGGGUUGUAACGUGUUCCUUGUUGGCCUUAAAGAAAUUGCUUUGCCUCAUACCUGAUCACGACCUCAAGUCUCUAGAAGAGAAAUUUAAGUCCCUUUUGUCACAGAAUAAGUUUUGGAAGUAUGGAAAGCACAGUGUACCUCAGAUCCGCGCUGCUUAUUUCGAGUUAGUUUCUGCUUUGUGCCAGCGUAUUCCACAGUUGAUGAGAGGUGAAGCAUCGAGAGUGAGCUCCUCUGUGCUGCUCAGCAUCGACGACAGUGACCCCGUGGUGUGCCCCGCCCUCUGGGAGGCUGUGCUGUACACCCUGACGACUGUCGAGGACUGUUGGCUUCAUGUAAAUGCAAAAAAAAGUGUGUUUCCCAAGCUGUCAGCUGUGGUCCGUGAAGGCGGUCGGGGCCUGGCCACUGUCGUGUGCCCUCACCUCCUGCCCUUCAUCAGCAGACUCCCUCCGUCCGUCACAGACCCAAAGCUGGGCUUCUUCAAAGACUUCCUCGCCUCUCUGGCUGCCGGGCUUUCAACAGAGAGAAUCAAAACCAGCCUCUCAGAGUGCUCGGCAGUGAUAUCUGCUUUUUUUGAUUGCUUACGUUUUAUAAUGCAGCAAAACUUAGGUGAGAAAGAGAUUGAAGACAUGCUCGUCAAUGAUCAGUUGAUUCCUGUGAUUGAUGCAGUUCUCAGAGACCAAAGGUUGCAGGACGGGCAACUAUUUGACUAUUUAGCAGAAACUUUAAGUUCUUGGGAAGCCAAAGCAGAUUUGGAAAAAGAUGUUAAAACUGCUCACAGCUUGGAGAACGUGCUACUGAAUUUCUGGGAAAGACUAGCAGAGAUCUGUUUUGAGAAAAUCAAUGAGCCAGAAGCUGAUGUUAAGUCUGUUUUGGGUGUAUCUAACCUAUUGCAGGUCCUUCAAAAGCCGAAGAACUCGUUGAAGUCAAGUAGGAAAAAAGUUGGUAAGGUUAGAUUUGCUGAUGAGAUGCCUGAAAGUAAUACAGAGAAUGAAAAAUGUGUCUUCUCAGGAGAGAACAGUGAGGGCUGUGAAGUGGUGGCUGAGCCUCUUCUCUCCCAUAACCGUUCAGACCUCCUGUCUCCACUUCGGACGAAACCUUUGGAAGACUUAGUCUGCAGACUCGCAGAGAUGAGCAUUAACUUUGUCAAUGAACAAAACUCAGAGCAACAUCUAAGGUUUCUUUCCACUCUGCUCAGUUCCUUCUCUUCAACCCAAGUAUUUAAGAUGCUAGUAGGUGAUGAAAAGCAGAGUAUUGUCAAAUCUAAACCUCCUGAAAUAGCCAGACUUGUACAAAAACAUCCCGCAGUGCAGUUUUUAUACCAGAAACUAAUCGGUUGGCUAAAUGAAGACCAAAGGAAGGACACUGGUUUCUUGGUGGACAUUUUGUACAGUGCCCUUCGUUGCUGUGACAACGAUAAGGAAAGAAAAGACGUCUUGGAUGAUCUAACUGAGGUGGAUCUGAAGUGGAAUUCAGUUCUUCAGGUCAUCGAAAAGGCAUGUUCUAGUCCAGAGAAACAUGCUUUAGUCAUUUCUUGGCUGAAAGGAGACAUCCUCGGAGAGAAAUUGGUAACCUUGGCAGAUCAUCUGUGCAACAAAGACUUGGAAUCCACAGUAACUUCUGAACCUAACUUCUCAGAAAGAUGGACUCUUUUAAGCUUGGUAUUAUCACAACAUGUUAAAAAUGAUUACUUGAUUGGAGAAGUUUAUGUUGAAAGAAUUAUUGUUAAACUUCAUGAAACUUUAUCCAAAGCAAAGAAAUUGUCAGAAGCUGAAAAUAAUGACUCUUCAGUGUGUUUUGUCUGUGAUGUGGUCUAUGACUAUUUCAGCUCAGCAAAAGGAUGCUUGCUUAUGCCAUCAUCUGAAGAUUUAUUAUUAACUCUCUUUCAGUUAUGUGUUCAGAGCAAAGAAAAAACACAUUUGCCAGACUUUCUUAUCUGUAAACUGAAAAAUACUUGGCUCUCUGGUUUGAAUGUAUUGGUUCAUCAAACUGGCCGCAGAGGUCCCCAGAGUGCCUUCCUGCACUUGUCUGCUCUGUGGCUGAAGAACCAGGUCCAGGCUUCAUCUUUGGACAUCCAAAGUCUUCACAGCCUCUUGUCUACUGUGGAUGAUUUGCUCAAUAAGCUUGGAGAGAGUGAAGACACUUCCCUCCUGGGAGAUUACAUUGCAAGUGUCAUGCCAAGCAGCAGCGAGUGGGGGAUGAUGAGACAGUCUCUCCCUGUGCAGUGGUUGCAUAGACCUCUUUUAGAAGGAAGACUGAGUUUGAAUUAUGAGUGUUUCAAAACAGAUUUUAAAGAACAAGAUACAAAGAAACUUCCUAGUCAUUUGUGUACUUCGGCAUUAUUGAGCAAAAUGAUAUUAGUGGCCCUGAAGAAGGAGAUAGUCCUAGAAAAUAAUGAGCUUGAGAACAUAACCGCAGAGCUGCUCUAUUCCCUGCAGUGGUGUGAAGAAGUGGACAACCGGCCCACUGUCCUGACUGGAUUUUGUGAAAUGCUUGAAAAAAUGAGUAUUACAUAUGAUAACCUAUAUGGACUUGGUAAUACUGCUGGCCUUUUGCACCUGCUAUUUAACAGAUCCAUGGAACAUGGCACUCUAUGGUCUCUUACUAUUGCUAAAUUGAUCUUUUCCCGAAGCAUUUCAUCUGAUGAAGUAAAACAGCAUUAUAAGAGAAAAGAAAGCUUUUUCCCGCUAACAGAGGGUCAUAUGCACACCAUUCAAAGUCUCUGUCCAUUUUUGUCUAAAGAAGACAAGAAAGAAUUCAUUGCUCAAUGUAUACCUGCCCUUUUGGCCUGGACCAAGGAAGAUCUUUGCAGUAUAAAUGGAGGUUUUGGACAUCUUGCCAUUUUAAAUUCUUGUCUGCAAACCAGAAGCAUAGAUGAUGGAGAGCUCUUACACGGUAUACUGAAAACCCUGAUAUGCUGGAAGAAAGACCAUGAAGAUAUCUUUCUCUUCAGUUGUAACCUCUCAGAAGUGAGUCCAGAGAUCCUUGGAGUGAAUACAGAAAUAAUGCGAUUCCUCUCCCUGUUUCUCAAGUGCUGCUCUCCUCCUCUGGCCGAGAGCGAGUGGGACUUCAUCAUGUGCUCCAUGCUGGCCUGGCUGGAGACAACGAGCGAGAACCAUGCGCUGUGCUGUGUCCCCCUGGUCCAGUUGUUUGCCUGUGUCAGCUGUGAUCUGGCCUGUGAGCUCAGCGUUUUUUUUGAUUCUGCAACUGCAGAUACCAUGGGCCACCUCCCAGGAAAUCUAAUCAGUGAAUGGAAAGAGUUUUUUUCCCAAGGCAUCCACAGUUUGCUUUUACCUCUUUUGGUUACUGUUACAGGACAAAGCAAAGAUACAUCUGAAACAUCCUUUCAGAAUGCAAUGCUGAAGCCCAUGUGUGAAACAUUAACACAUAUCACAAAGGAUCAGCUGCUGAGUCACAAGCUCCCUGCAAGAUCAGUUGCUGGGCCAAAAGCGAGCUUGCCGGAGCACCUCCAGACUUUACUGAGUACAUUGGCCCCAUUACUCCUCUUCAGAGCGCGGCCCGUGCAAAUCGCUGCCUAUCACAUGCUCUACAAAUUGAUGCCAGAAUUACCACAAUACGAUCAGGAUAAUCUAAAGUCAGAUGGAGAUGAAGAGGAAGAGCCAGCCCUGUCCCCUCCAGUGGCGCUGAUGUCCCUGCUCAGCACUCAGGAGGACCUGCUCGACAGUGUUCUGGGGUGUGUUCCAGUGGGACAGAUAGUUACGAUUAAGCCGCUGAGUGAAGACUUCUGCUACGUUCUGGGAUACCUCCUCACCUGGAAAUUAAUACUUACCUUCUUCAAAGCUUCUUCAUCUCAGCUUCGGGCUCUGUAUUCGAUGUACCUCCGGAAGACAAAGAGUUUAAAUAAACUGCUCUAUCACCUGUUCAGGCUCAUGCCAGAAAAUCCGACCUGUGCAGAGACGGCUUCUGAGCUAUCCAGUAAGGAACCUAAGACCUUCUUCACGGAAGAGCUCCAGUUGAGUAUUAGAGAAACGACGAGCCUCCCGCAGCACAUCCCGCACCUGGCGUGCGCCGUCUACCACAUGACGCUGAAGGACUUGCCCGCCAUGGUCCGGCUGUGGUGGACCAGCAGCGAGAAGCGGGUCUUCAACAUCGUGGACAGGUUCACGAGCAAGUAUGUCAGCAGCGUGCUCUCCCUGCAGGAAAUAUCCGCGGUGCAGACCAGCACGCAGCUGUUCAACGGCAUGACGGUUAAAGCCCGAGCUACUACUCGAGAGGUGAUGGCUACUUACACCAUCGAGGACAUCGUCAUCGAACUGGUCAUACAGCUGCCGCCCAACUACCCGCUGGGCUCCAUCACCGUGGGCAGCGGGCGGCGCGUGGGCGUGGCGGUGCAGCAGUGGCGGAACUGGAUGCUGCAGCUGAGCACCUACCUCACCCACCAGAAUGGAAGUAUUAUGGAAGGCUUAGCAUUAUGGAAAAAUAAUGUGGACAAACGCUUUGAAGGUGUUGAAGAUUGCAUGAUCUGUUUUUCAGUCAUUCAUGGUUUCAACUAUUCUCUUCCCAAAAAAGCCUGUAGAACAUGCAAGAAAAAAUUCCACUCAGCCUGCUUGUACAAAUGGUUUACUUCUAGCAACAAAUCCACGUGUCCGCUCUGUCGUGAGACCUUCCUCUGAGGUGUCUUUCCCAUUGGAAGGACACCUGCGGGACAGCAAGGGCAGGGCCUUGGCUCCAUCCUUCAGGGCUGCGGGGAGAGGCCAGCGAGUACCCGGUCUACAGGAUCAGCCCUGGGAAACCACUCUGGUUAGUGUGAUGGUCCGAACAGCCGGCCACUUGCCUUUAGAUGGCUUUGUAAAUGUUUGGAAUCCUUUUCUUUUCCAUAUGAAUAUUACAUAUUUGAGAGAAAAUAUUUAUAUUAAUAGUUUAAUCUCUUUGUAUAUUUAAAAAUAAAUAUGGAAAAAUCCUAAAUUACAGAUUUGGAAUUUGUGUAAACAUUGUAUUGAUCUAUAUUCUAGGAACAGUCCAAUGAGGCAGAUGAAUUGAGAGGAGUGAUUUAUACCUAUCACUGUUUUAGGACUUAUUUAUUACUUAAUGACAACAGAAUUAAUUAGUAUUCUGAUAUUUGUAGAUUAUUUUAAUGAUAAAAAUGACACUGAGCUAUUAAUAUAGCUUAUCUUAAGCUAUUUGAAGCAUGCUCUGAAAUCCUGCAUAUAAGAGUAGAAACUUAACUUUACAGUGCCUCCAUUUAUUAAGGGUUGUAAAAUUCAGAGAAUUACAUUCAUGACACUGAACUGUGCUGGGGAGGAAGACGUACCAUGUAUUAGUGAAAUCUGAACUGCAGACUUGUCUGUGAAUUUCGUAUUCAGCUGAGUUGAGGCUUCGAGAGAAUAGGAAGUAAUUAGAUUAUUUAAUUCACAAAGCAGAGUGGUAGUUACUCCUCUGUGGACAGAGAGGUAAAAAAAUGAGUAUUUAGGAAGCUUAAGAUGGGGGGAAAAACACAAAAAUGUUAAAAUGCUAUAGACAGCUUUCAAUUUGGUAAGUGAAUUUCGCUAUUCUUAGUUGGCCAAAGUUACUUUAAAUUAGAUUUAAGGGAGCUAAUUUUUCCAGCCAUGUUAAGAAUUUUUGUACCAAGUGAAAUGUAUAACUGGCUGAAGUGGAGCAGGCGAAACCUGCGUUUGGCCAAAGCACUGUUACCUUUAGAAAUUGUACCCAGAAUACACACUGUGGAAGUUUGGAACUUGGAACAGUAUUAUUGUGGUCUUCCAUCCGUGGGAAAUACCAGCCUAUCUAAUAGCAGGGUUUCCUGAAAGAUCAGCUCAUCACCUCUGUUACAAAUGUUUAAUUGGCAAAAAGCAACUCAUGUUAAAUAAAAGAACUGGUUACCAUCAAAUGGGUACAAUGGUUAUUAUUCAAAUAGUAUGAGUGUGGUCAGAGUAUUGUCGUGGAGAGUGAAGUAUUGCAGGAGUUACAGAUCUCUGGAGUUGUGUUUGCAGGCAGUGUCCUGCCCAGCACCAGCUCCUGGGUGUUUUCUGUAGUUAUUACCUUAAGAGCCUUGAGGCUCAGAGAGCAGUAAGUGAUGUACAGAUAGCAAAUUUCUACUACCUCUUCUUAACCUCUUCAUUAAAAUCUUCUCUCUUCCUAUGUCUCUGUCUGACACAGUAAUAAUCCCAAAGGAUUGUGGUACUUCUCUGUGAAAGUUACACGCUUUUUCUUUAAUAAUUGUUCUGUAAUAAGAGUUUGUCUUCAGCUUUUCUAGUAUUGCUAUGCCCUGGCUUCUGACCCAAAUCCCAAGUAGAAAAGUAAAGGGAGAGGUGGAACAUUGUUUUCCAUUGGAGGGCAGGGUUUGGGCGCCGGUGUCUUGUGAAACCUGUGAGAAGGUGGGACACCCGUCCUUCACACUGAGGCUUGUGAACACAUAUA